CUCCUAGCCUGAUGCCCACCCCCACUUCUAGAGCACCUGCUGAAGAUGUCCAGGGACCACAUCCAUGGGUUCCUGCAGGUGACCCUGAGGCAGCCUGGGCAUUGAGAGAAGAUGUGGUCAUCAGGCAGUUGCGGGCCUCCAUGCAUGAGCUGGGGAAGCUCCAGUGCCUCCUGCCUCCCGAAGCAAAGCCAAUGGAAGAUUGCAGCCCAGCCCUGCAGGUGCCGCCUGGCUCUCAGGAGCGCGCUCCCCCAUCAGUGUCCCUCAAGCGCAAGACCAUCAAGGAGGAGAGCAAAGGCUGCCACCCCACUGCUGCAGCUCCCCAGGAGCCAGUGGGGGCUUCAGCUUCUGUCCCCGAGGAGACCGGUCCUCUCAGAUCUACCGUCCAGCCCGACUCCAAGCAAGAUGCCAAGGAGGAGAAGGGCAGUCGUGGCGAGAGCAGCACCCAGCCCUGUGGCCCAGGCUCCUCCGCGGGGGCCUCAGGGUCAGGGAGUGCUGCUCGCCUCUCAGGCCCCCAGUGCUCCUGGCUGGCUGAGCCAGGCCCCCUCCGGCGCUGGACUUCCCUGACCAAACUCAACAUGACCUUCAAAGAUGAUGACUCUGACUCUGACGACGAGGAGUCCUCCAGCUUCCUGGAGGAGCAGAAAGAGAAUGAAGAGGAGGAAGAAGACCGGGCUGCUGAGUGCCCUGUGUCUCCCUUGCCAAAGCUAUGCGGGACCUGGGAUUUGUCCUGCCCUAGAUGAUUUUUGAAGAGGACAAGGAGGGAGGCCAUGAAGAGGGUGCCUCCCCGGAGCCCUCAUCCCCAGCCCUGUCUGUGAAGUCCUCAGAGUCUCUGCUUGGCCCGGGCCUCCCGGCCCCACAGAGCUUGCAGAGCAGGGGAGACCUGUCCUGAUGGGGGGGCCUCCCAAAUCUCAGCCCGCCUGUCAAAGGCGCUGAUUUCUGGCCCCUGGAGCUGGGUGGCCAGCAGGGUCUCAGUUCCUCUCCCCAACCUGCCUUGGAGCCCCUGGUCCAUGCAGGCUGUGCCGGCCCUGGGAGCAGGGCUGAAGACUCCCUCCCUACAUGGGAGCCCCAUGCACUCUGGGGACAGUCACGGGCUGGAGCCUGCAGGAGCCAGCCCUGUGCUGGGAGACCAGGCCUGCGUGCCCUCCCUGGCUGGAGGCCUCCUUGCUGCCCACUCCAUGGAGCAGCUGGAUGUGUGUGGGUGCCUGGAGGGGAAGAAGAGCCCAGCAGGUGUCCAGCUCAGACGGGCCAGAAGCCUAGCUUCUUUUUGCACGGCGGCCUCCACAAUGGAGGAGGCUCCUCUCUAGAGCUCCUCUCCCCUACCCUGAGCAGCCUCACGCUAGCUCAUCUCGGGCCAGAAGCCUAGCUUGUCUAUGCCCUGUGGCCUCCCCAGUUGAUAAGGCUCCUCUCUGGAGCUCCUCUCCCCCUUCCUGAGUGGCCUCAUCCUGCCUCAUAUCGGGCCGAGGAUCCAGAUGUUGGGAGAAGAGACUCCUGGCUCAGAGGCUCCUGGCCUGGUGCCUCCACAGCGAAGGAGUCUGGAACCCUGCCUUGGGCAGAGAUAGCAUCCCAGUUCUCCAAGGGUUGCAACACUUGUAGCCCCUUCCUCAACCCACAUGACCUCUAAAAGGUGACUAGGCCCUGUUCAUCAGAAGCCACCUGGGUCAUCCCAAUGGGGCAGGUUAGGCCAUAGCCAUUUUUCCCUGGAUCUGGAAGGCCCAGGAUUCUCUAGGUGUUGUGUCUGGUUUGGAGCUGACCACUCUGUACUCUGUUCUCGAAUGAGCCAUGGCUGUGUCAGUGACAGGACCCCAAGGGCUCAGAAUCACUGGUCCUCACAGGGUGCUUUUUGCAGAAUCAUGCUGAGGCCAGAAGGCGAUGAGAUAGACUUUGACAACUGCCUCAUCUCUCCAGGCUGGGGAACCACAGCUAUGGGCCAGUCCUGUGCCUGCCUCCGUUCCAAGGGUGGUCCUUCUUGUUCCUGGGAACCAUAAGAUCACGUUUUGGAGUCUUCACCAGCUUCUUCUCCUCAUCUGGGGGAAGAUGUGAGCUACAGGAUGAGCUUGCAGGCAAGGCUGCUACAGGGCAGGCAAAGUGGAUGGGAAGGCCCCUGUCCAGGUCAAGCCUGUCCUGUGCUCCCUGCUCUGCCCUGGCUUCUUGGGUGGACCGCAGUGUACUCAGCAAUGUGCAGGCAGUCCACCUGUCCAGGCGCAUGCCCUAAACAGUGUUACUAAUAGGAACACACACCUAGAGACUUUCCUGGUGCCUAUGGCCUCCAACCAUCCUCCCCUGGCCAGCCAUAUGGAGGGUGACCUGCAGGCAUCCAUCUCCAUUGAAAGCCACCUGCCUUUGGUGACAGUCCUUUGCCCUCUCCUGGAAUGGAGAUUUCGCAAACCUGGUUCCCUUAAGAAGACUUUCUCCAUUGUAUCACUUUGCUUUCCUGUCAAAGGUCUGAUAACUGUAUUCGUGAAGGUCUCUUCUGGGGUUACCAUUCUGACUCUCACCAGUCCCACAUUGCCAUGAUUGGCUGUCUCAUAAGUUAGGGAAGCUGUGACACAUCAGUCCUCCAGUGUGUUCAUCUUCAAUUAUGGGCGGUGGGAUGUUCGGGGUAUCUUCAUCCCCACACACAUUUUAAAAUCAGUUUGGUAAUUGUAAAACAUCUUGAUAGGAUUUUUUAAAAAUAUGUAUUUAUUUCACAGAGUUACACAGAGAAGGAGAGGCAGAGAGAGACAGAGAGCGAGAGAGAGAGAGAGAGAGAGGUCUUCCAUCUGCUGGUUCACUCCCCAAUUGGCCACAACAGCUGGAACUGUGCUGAUCUGAAGCCAGGAGCCCUGACCUUCAUCUGAUUCUCCCAUAUGGAUGGUAGGGGCCCAAGCAAUUGGACCAUCUUCUGCUUUCCCAGGCCAUAGUAGAGAGCUAGAUUGGAAGUGGAGCAGCCAGGACUCAAACCAGCGCCUGUAUGGAAUGCCAGCAUCCGCUACGUCACAGCGCUGGCCCCGUUGAUAGGAUUUUGAUUGAGACUGUGUUGGUCUAUCAAGUGAAGAAAUACAGAUAUCUUGGCUAGAUUGAGUCUUCCAAUCCAUGACCAUAGAAUGUGUCUCCAAAUGUUCUUCCUUGAGACUUUUUUAGGAGCUUCGUGGUGAUCCUCAUAGAGAUCUUGCAUAUUUUGUUGGAAGUAUACCCAGAUGUUUCUUUUGGGAGGUAAUGUGAAUUGUAAGAUGUUGUUAAUUUCAAAUCCAUCUAGUUAACUGUGAGUAGGUAGGAAAGCAAUUGAUUACUGAAGAUCAAAGUUUACUGUGCAAACAUUAUGAUUGAUCAUUAAUUCCUGGAGGCUUAUUCUUUGCUGAUCCUUUUGGAAUCUCUACAUAAAUAAUCAGAUCAUCUCUAAAUAAAGUCUUAUGUUUUCAUUGCUAAAUGCAGUGCCUUGUGUUUCUAGUUCUUGUCUUAACUGCCUUUUCUAGGUCCUCCUGUAGGAUGUGGGGAUGGAGUGGCAAGGAGGGAUGUCCUUGUCCUUUUCCUGGUCAGAGUGGGAAAGCUUCCUGUUUACCCCCAUUAUAACUGCUGUCAGGUGAGUUUCAUUGAAGGCGUUAUUUACCAAGUUGAGGGAAUUCCCCUGUACUCUAUUGUGUUAGGAAUUUAUUAUUAUUAUUAUUAUUUACCUUGGAUGGUAUUACAUUUGUCAACUGAUUUUUCUGUGUCCUUGCAUAUGGUCCAUGGUCUGGUUAUGCAUCCCCUUCUGUCUGUUGAUAUGUGGGAUCGCCUCGAUGCCUUUUGGAUUGCUUAACCAGUCUUACAUGUUUUGAAUGAAUCCCUCUUGGCUGAGAGGUGCCAUUCUUUCCAUCCUUUGUUGAAUUUGAC